AUGGGAGACCUAAAUGUUAUCUUAAAUGACUUUGAGAAGGCUGGUGGUAGGCGCUACAACAGGAAGGAAGGGGAAUUGCUCAAAAACAUUUUGUUUAAAACAGGAGGGGUGGAUCUCGGGUGUGACGGGGGGAGUUUUACUUGGCAAAACUCUCAUGUGGCUUGUAAUAGAGUUCGCAAGAGGCUGGACCGUGCCAUAGCGGAUGCAAAUUGGUGUAUGGAAUUUUCGAGGGCUCGUGUUUCAAGCUUCCCUAUCCUUGGAUCGGACCACGCUCCCAUUGUUCUGGAUGUUUGGGGAGAUCAAGCUAAACUCAAGUAUCCGUUUCGUUUCUUGGAGGUUUGGACAACAAGACCGGAUUGUGGGGAUGUGGUGAGUCAGGCUUGGCAGGGUAUGCUAAGCACCUCGCGGCUUGAGAAAAAACUCAAAGGUACUGCUAAGGAGUUGAAACUGUGGAACCAAAAUGUGUUUGGUUUUUGUGAUAGAAAAUUAAUUGAGCUUCAGAAGCAACUGGGACGGAUUCAAAAUGAGCCUAUAAAAGACAAUAAUAUCACGAGGGAGGCUGAGAUUUAG